GCGUCAUGGAGAAACUUGGGCUUGGUCCAGAGGUCCUUCUGCAGGAGAAUCCCAGACUCAUCUAUGCUAGACUUACUGGAUUUGGCCAGUCAGGAAAAUAUGCCAAGUCUGCAGGUCAUGACAUCAAUUAUUUAGCUAUAUCAGGUGUGCUGUCAAAGCUGGGUAGAAAAGAUGAAAACCCUUAUGCACCCGUAAAUCUCCUGGCUGAUUUUGCUGGUGGAGGUGUCAUGUGUGCAAUGGGCAUUAUUACAGCCCUGUAUGAACGUACCAGAUCUGGCAAAGGGCAGAUCAUUGAUGCAAGUAUGGUAGAAGGAGUAGCAUACCUAAGUUCUUUCCUGUGGAAAUCACAAAAUUUGGGACUUUGGAACAGACCUCGAGGUGAGAACCUGCUAGAUAGCGGUGCACCUUUUUACGAAACCUACAAGACCUCCGAUGGAAAAUUCAUGGCCGUUGGUGCCAUUGAACCUCAAUUCUAUGAAGAGUUAAUAAAGGGUCUUGGGCUAGAUUCCGAUAAACUGCCCAGUCAGUUGAGUUUCUCUGACUGGCCUGAAAUGAAGAAAAAAUUUGCAUCCAUAUUUGCACAGAAGACCCAAGCUGAGUGGUGCAGCAUAUUUGAUGGUACCGACGCCUGUGUGACCCCUGUUUUAUCCUUUGAUGAUGUUGCCUCACAUCAGCAUAACAAACAAAGAAGUUCUUUUAUCAAAAAUGAUCAGGAAGAGAUAAGUCCUAGACCUGCUCCUCUUCUGUCAAGGACCCCUGCUGUUCCAUCGUCUAAACGAGAUCCUUUUAUAGGAGAACACACAGAAGAGAUACUUCUAGAAUACGGAUUUACUAAGCAAGAGAUUAGUAAACUUUAUUCUGAUAAAGUAAUAGGAUUCAGUAAACCAAAAGCUAAUUUAUAAUCUAACUGUACAAAUCAGACAGAUUUCAGGCUGACACAGUAUGUUUUUAUGCCUUAUAAGUGAAUUAUAUGACAAAUAACUGUUUGCAUUAUAUAGAUUUAAAAUAUUUUUUUAAAUUAUUGACGUUUUAAUUUCAUUG